AUGCCCUGUAUGUUACAGGACGUCCUCAAGGUCGACCCCGAAGCCAUCCACGGCCUCGACACCGGCGACGUGGAGAAUUUGGUCAAGUUUUGGACAGUAUUCACAAGGUGUGGAGACUCAGUUGCCAAGGGCAGGAGGUUAGAAAACAUCGCCUGGAGGGUUUGGAAUCACCAGACCUUCUGUGCCGCAGCCGAAACGACCACUCCAUCAUUCCCCACUGGCUCCCUUCCACGGGAGAUCGAGAGGAAGAUCCAGCAGUCUUCCGAAGACAUGCCACAACUAUCUGCCAGCGUGGACUCUAUUGCUGAUGAGGAGGCUGUGGACUGCACAGCAGCCUCGCCAACUGACAGCGACCGUCCAAGGAUAUGCAGACAGGACUCGUGCUCUAGCAGCAGGAGCCGAUGUAACAUUUCUUCCGACGAGUUCGAGAAGAUGGUUACCUCGAUAAUCCAGACCAAGGACGACUUGGCCCUACCCUCACCUUUACCCUCACCAGUUAUGUCAUCUUCGAAGCCCGCAGAGAAGCAGGUCGAAGAGGUUUCUACAGAGAAGACUCGUCCCCCCACCCCGGCCAUCGGGCGUACCGGGUCCACAAGCGACUCGGAUGCCUAUAGAGCCUCGCCCACACAGUCCGUCGGUUCGUCUCAGCAGUCGUCACCAGGCACCCGAGACUCGCCACCAUCACACCCUGUCAUCCGAGGCUUUUCAACAUCUCACAUCCCCAUGUUCCACAAUGUCACCAGCCAACCAAGGCCAGCCCCAAUCGACACAAUUCCCGAGCCAACUUCAUCUCCGCAGGCGAAGCUUGUGCAAUCCAAGAAGCCCCAGGCUAAGUUUGCUUUGGGUGGCUCUUCUUCAUGUGACGAUUCUCACAGCGAUCGUGGAAACAGCCCCGACUUGCCUCGUCAGCCGGCGCCCCAAAUCAAGAGGAAGAUGUUUCAGGUUGGUGGCUCUUCCGAGGAAGGCGAAUCACUCAAGAGCGCCAUGCACUCAGCCAGGUCAGGACUCCUCUCGCCUCAGAAAAAGCAAGCCUCUUUCAGCAGGCAAGUCGUUACAAGGACUUUCCCCCCGGUCAUGAUGGAUCACGAAUACUCGGACGUGGACGAGAGUGCGAUCGACGAUGACGACGACGACUCAGAAUGGGAGGACUCCAACGAGGAGAGCGGUAAAUCGAGCAUGGAUGAUAAGACUCUAUUCAAGCGAGUAGAUUCCAAGGUCAACCUGACCUCGAGACGUUCACUCAUCACUUUGAUGCUUGAACGCAACGACCGGCAAUCAAAACUCGGUAACGGAGCUUCUCAGUCUGCGUCUGCCAUUCACCAAGGCCGGGUGCCUCGACAGGGACCUUCCUUUGUUGCCUCACCCAACGACUCGGACGACAGCCCAUUAAUGAUGAAGCGGGGAUCCCGAGCCGCGCAACUGAAGCCUAUUAACGAGAUCCCACGAUCUGCUGCGCAGCCGAUUGUCGCCCCUAUCCAUGCCAACAACCAACAAGCCGCGCUCUCACCACGUACCACAAGGCGCAACAUGCUUUCGACCGAGCUUACCGAAUCUCUCCGUCGUGAUCUCGUCUGGGAGCGCUCCCAGAAGUCUUCUACAGUAAAUGCUGUACUCAAGCGGAGACACACUUCGCACAACGUUGCCAACCUGAAGCAGUAUCCCGAGAGAGCUGUGGUUAAAAAGGAGAACGACGGCAACGCUAGCAGCUGGGAUCAAUACUUUGCCCGCGAGGCUUUUGGCGGCUACCAUGUCAAGGGCUGGUAA